AACAUUUUCCAGCCGACCCGCGAGCACGCGCUGUGCUGCUUUCUCCUGCGUUUCGCGCUUCUUUCGGUUCGUCUUUCGUGCGUGUGUGCGGGUGCGAGUGCGUGUGUGCAGUGAGUGUGCCGUGUGUGUUAGUUGCAAAUAACCGCGCUUCAAACAUCCUGAGCCCAAAAUGCACUGACAAACGCCAGCGACACAAUAAUAAUCACAAUAAUGCCGGCAAACAAGCGGGCGGUGUGCUAGUGUGCGGUGUCUGCGUUUGCCGAAAGUAUUUACCGCAAAAGAACCAACACAAGCGAAGCGAAGCGAAUCGAAUUCCAAUCGAAGCCCAGCAACAACAAGCCCGGCGAAAUUAGCGCUCGCUCUCUCCUCCCCCCAGCCCGAAGGAGAGUUAUCACAAGAGAAUCAACAUGCAACAGCAACAACAACUUCUGCACUGCAGAAGAAAAGCAACCAAUGCCCCAGCCACUACAACAACUGCCCGCCUUGUGAUACUCAGCAGUCUGCUUCUACUGCUCACCACCACCCACUUCCCACCCACUGUGCGGGCGGACAACGGCCCCGCCCCCCAGGUGGCCGCCCUGGCCGCCCCCAAUCCGGCGGGCGGCGCGGCAGGAUCCUCUAUCAUCGACCAGUUCAGCCCCAACUGCAGUGCUGUGACGCACAUCUUCCAGGCGAGGGGCAUCGACGCCACCGAGAUCCCCCAGAAACCCAGCAACGAACGCGUCCUCCGCUACUGCGAGUCCCCUUCGGUGGGCACCUGCUGCACCUACAACAUGGAGACCCGAAUGGCGAUGCAGUCACGCCAGCAACUCGAAACACACACCAAGGACCAGAUCUCUCGGAUGUCUGGAAUCCUGGGCAGCAAGGCCACCAAGUUCAAAGAUAUCUUCACAGCCCUGCUGAAAGAGUCGCGAACCCAGUUCAACAGCAUGUUCAUCCGCACAUACGGCGUCAUCUACGAGAGAAAUUCGUACGUCUUCUCGGACCUCUUCAAGGAGCUGGAGACCUACUUCGCCAACGGUCGCGUGGAUUUGCUGGUGGUCAUGGACAAGUUCUUCAACACGCUGUACCAGAAAAUGUUCACCGUGCUGAACACCCAGUACACCUUCGAUGAAAACUACAUGCGAUGCGUCAGCGAGCACAUGAAGGAGCUGAAGCCAUUCGGAGAUGUGCCCGACAAGCUGUCCCUGCAGAUCAAGCGAUCCUUCGUGGCCACGCGCACCUACGGUCAGGCCCUGACCACGGCCUCCGAGGUGGCCAAGAAGGUGCUGAAUGUCCGCCUGAACGCCGACUGCACUGGGGCCCUGACCAAGAUGCAGCACUGCGGGGCCUGCAAGGGCUACACGGAGAAGCCCUGCACCAACUACUGCGUGAACGUCAUCAAGGGAUGCCUGCACUACCAGCACGAGUUCGACGCCGAGUGGGAGAACUUCGCCAUGAAUAUGGACAAGCUGGCCGAGCGUCUGCUGGGGUCCUUCAACAUUGUGAUGGUGGUGGAGCCGCUCAACAUCAAGAUCUCCGAGGCCAUCAUGAACUUCCAGGAUUCUGGCCAGGACAUCACCAACCGCGUGUUCCAAGGAUGUGGCAGGCCCAAGCUGAAGAAAAUGAAGAGAUCCAUUAGCCCCAAAAUGCAGGGAGUGCAAAUCCUGAAUGCAAAGAGCCCCGUGGAGGCAGAUACUCUGGACAUCGAUGACACUCUGGACGAGGCCAUCGUGCUGAGGGAGCGCAGAGCUGCCGAGCCGGGAUCGCAGGAGUCCUCGGGUCAGCAGCAGUCCCAGGAGCAGGGCGUUGGAAAGGGUGGCAAUGGAGGCGGAAGCGGUGGUGGAGGAGGAGGCGGCGGUGGUGGCAACAACAGGCGGCAGCAGCAACGACGCAAGCAACAGCAGCAGCGACGCAAGCAGCAGAACAAUCGGGACGACAACGAUGACGAUGACAAUGAGAGUGGUGGCGGUGGACGAGAACCGGUUCUGGACAGGAUCGUCAGGGACAUUCGCCAGCGGGUCAAGGACUACAAGAAGUUCUGGUCCAAUCUGCCGCACUCCGUUUGCAGCAACGAGGACAUAGCCUCCAGCUCCGAUGUGGACGGCAUGUGCUGGAAUGGUCACACCAUCGACAGAUACAUGCACUCUAUUACCACGGAGCACGGCUCAAAUCCAGAGUUCAAUGGCAAUCCAGCCAGCACCAAGCAGACUGCUCAAAUGUCCGCGCAACUUAGCCACCUGAAGAAUGCCAUUGCCCAUUUGCGAAAUGCCUACACUGGUCAGGAUGUAGAGUGGAGUGAGCAAGAAGAACUGCCUUAUGCUGGCAGUGGAGCUGGCUCUGGCUCCGGCUCCGAAGACGACGAGGACGACGACGAGGGCUCCGGCCUGGGACCCUUCGAGCCCAGCCACAAGCCAGAAGUGGAGCGUCCCUCGGUGGAUGCGGACAACGACGACGACGAGGACACUGGUGGCCGCCUGCCCACGCACACAUCCCGACCGGUGAGCGGAGUGGACGACAAGAAUCCGCUCGUUCACACCACCCACUUUGACCAGGAUCACAACGAUCUGGAUGAGGAUCAUCGGCAGGACGAGGAUGAGGAUGACGACUUGGAUGGCGGCCACGGCGGCUCGGGGGCCAAUGACAAUCGAUCUUCGGAUGCCCCCGAGAAGAUGACUCUGCGUCGCGCUCUGGUUGUCUAUCUGCUGCCGCUUUAUAUGGCGUGGUUCGGCGGCGUCUGCGCCGAUUUGCUGUGAUUACUCAACGUGCGAAAUGCAGCCAAGGUGGAGCACGGCUGCAUCCCCUACACCUCUCAGUCAUUCAUCCGUGAAGCAAAAUGUUAUUAGCAGAACUACAUGCAACCCUUAUAUACGAAAUGCGAGUCCAAAAUUUUAUAAAAACUUUUGAUAGAAGCAAUCAAAACGCAAUUGAGAAUAUAUAUGUACGGCCCCCUUUUCGAAUGGUACUCUUGCCAGGAUUUUGCGAAUAUGAAACCGAGUUUAUUGAGUCUGUAAAUUCAGUUUUGUAAAUCCCUGGCUAUUGUAAAAAAAACGAAAAAAGCCUGAUUUAAGGUGUUUCCUUGGCGGAACGCGUUAGGAGAACAAGAAAUUCGAGGAGGAGAGAGAAUACGUAACGAGCCCAUUUUAGUUUAGUAAGCCCCAAAAAAUGCCCCUGUUCCCCCACACUCUAAGUCUAAGUGCGAAAUUGUAACUUGUAAGCCAGAGAGCGAAUGAACGAGCGUGUGAGUGCGUGAAUGUCGAGGAGUGAGUGCUGUCGAGUCGAGUGUGAGUGCGAGCGGAGUGCCUGUUCAAUGUGAUCGUUUAGCAAAAAUUAACUAUAAACACUUUAGCCCCUAGAGACCUAAGCGGAAAACACACCUACACCUACAUAUUUAAUUUGUAUUAUAUUCAUGCAUAUGCGCAUAUGCAGCAAGCAAAUCCCCUCAGCACACGAAUUCAAUUAGCCCCAACAUGAACAGCAAUAACUAAUUUGUAACUUAGUAGUCUAACUGAUAAAUCGAAAAGCUGAAGUCUAAUACACGUUAACAUGGCCAUAGAAAAGCGUCCGAGCCACGGCUCUUGUAAUUUUGUAUCUUUCGUAGACCGCCCUGACUUUUGCCAGCCAUCAAGCGCAUUUCAAACUAAACUGAGUAAACCUACAUAUUUAUAUUUAUUUUUGAUUUUUUAUCGGUUUUUAUAUAUUGUAUUAAAACGAAUGGAAAAAGAAAAAAUACAAAAAAGUAACAAAGAAA